AUGGGGGAACUUCAAGUUAGCUACCCAGAGAUGGGGGACAUCAGCUGCAAGAUUGUUCCUGAUUGCAACGGGUACAGACAGAAGAUCACCCAGUGGCCCAAGCCCGUCGUCAAGUACCCGAGGGCCGUGGACGGCUCAACCUACAUCCUGAUGAUGGUGGAUCCAGAUGCCCCGAGCAGGGCAGACCCCAGGUUCAAAUACUGGAGACACUGGCUGGUCGCAGAUAUCAACGGUAGUACCAUGAGGAAUGGGAAUAUUGAGGGCUCGGUGUUAACAGAAUACGGUGCUCCCACCCCACCACCACAGACCGGCUUCCAUCGCUACCAGUUUUUCCUCUAUCUUCAGGAAAGAAGGAACAUCACUCUGCGUCCCCAGGAAAGCCCUUAUCGACAAUUUUGGAGGAUGGAUGACUUUCUGAGCCACUACCAAAUAACUAAAAAGCGAGGAAGCACCCAGUUCAUGACCCAGAAUCCCAUGAACUAG